AUGUUUUCAUUAGUUGUUCUUGUUUAGAUUACACUUCAAUAAUAAUUAACACAUUAAACUUUGAGACCUUAGAAAUUAAAUUAGGAAUUCCUUUCUGAAAGAAUGGAUUGCAAAUCUAAUCUAUCAAUAAUUAGUGAUAUUUGUAAUAAUUGCAAAGCAAAUCAUGCAUACCUAUUAGAUGAGGAGAAUUGGCUAAUUAUUGGAGUAUACCAUGAAUUUGGGUAAAUAUUAAUUGCUAAAGAAGUAAAGAAUAUAAAGAAUUGAUUGAAUCGAUCUAAAAAUAUUAUUAGAAGGGUGUCAUUUACGCAACCUUCAAUUCUGAGUUUAUUUGUUUAUCCAUUUCAGAUGCGAAUGCAAGUUUAGAGGAAUUUCUACACAAAAUGUACUAUUAUCAAUUACCAAAGUCAUUUUAUCCAUUAGACAAACGUACCUUUAUUAUUUGAUUAGGUCUGUAAAUUGUGUUAAAUGUGAAAUAGAUGUGAGAUAUAAUUCGACUAACAAUAAUUUCACAAUUACUAACUUUGUAUUUAAUGGCUAUUCUAACACUGAUCGAUAUCUAUUAGAAUUGCUGAAUUAUAAUGUAACCAUAAUAAAUCAUAAUGUAAAAUACGUAAUAAUUGAAGGUUACCUUAAAUAAAUAAGGCAUAUUUUCAGAUAACUCUCAUACAAAUUAAAUUUCGUUAUAUUAGAAUGUGGUUGGAUCAAAAUAUUUAAAUGAAACAUUAAAACUACACUUUUAGUCAUUUGGACAAGGAGUUGAAAGCUUAAUUAAUGGAACAUUUGCACCUUAUUACUAAAAAGCACUUAAUAUUUAAAAAUCAAAAAAUUCUGAAAGUGAAUUAACAGUAAAAUUCUCAAAAGAAAAAAAUGUGAAUAAAAAAAAAUAUAAUUUAUAUUUCAGUUUUGAUUGA